AGCCCAGAUUCACAAACGGAAGAAUUGCCCGGUGAACUUUUCGUUACCAUCACGGUCCAGGGCCGCGAGUACCAGAAGUAUUCAAUCGACAACCGGAUAUAUUUCGGACCAGUAGACGAUGAGGAAGCCCAACGUCUUGAUCAGCAGCAGCUAGUCUUCCAUCGCAUUUUCGACCACCGACUGAUCUUUCCGCCCAUCCGGCAUCUGCGAAGGGUACUGGACUGUGGCCAUGGCUCUGCACGCUGGGCUGUAGAAGUUGCCGAGCAGCACCCAGAUUGUCAGGUCAUUGGCGUAGACAUUGCCCCGCACAUGAACCCAGACGAUGUGCCCGAAAAUCUGUGGCUUCAGGUGAGGAAUGUUCUUAUUCUCGUUCUUUCGAUAUUUUCGUCCAAGAAGACACGAGUCGAGGGUGGUCAUGUUCACCACGGUGCCACUCGACUCUUAAGAGUCACCCACCCAUCACCACUCAUCAACAUGGUCGAUGAUUUGAACCGGCCAUUCACAUUCCCUGCGAACCACUUCGACCUUGUCCACUCUCGACUCGUUGCGACCGGCAUUGAUCGUAGCCGAUGGCCAGCCUACAUUAACGACAUUGUCAGAGUGUUGAAACCAGGAGGAUGGGUUCAGAUGAUCGAAAUUUACUUCAACGCACAGUCUGACAACGGCUCGCUCACGGAUGACCAUGCCUUGAGGAGAUGGAGUACUCAGUACAUGCGGGCAUUGGAAGACAGAAAGGACUUGCGAGUAGCAUCGAAGCUGCGGAAUCAUUUCCUGAAUUCGGGGUUGGUGGAGGUCGAUAGCAAGAUGAUUCAACUGCCUCUGUCGGCAUGGUCAAACGACCCCCGAAUGCGAGCCAUUGGGCGGUCCAACAGUGACAACAUCGAGGAACUCCUUCAAUCCUUAGCGCUAUACCCUCUCACACAACGGUUGCACAUGUCGGCGCAGAGCUUUGAUUUGCUGGUGGAACAAGCGCAGAGCGAGGCAAGAGAUCUUACCCUCAAAGCAUAUUUCCCAUUAUACGUUUGCAUCGGGCGAAAGCGGGCAUGA